AUGCUUCUCGCAUAUACGUUUGGAACUCCUGGUCGCCACGCAGAAUUGACAGUGUACAAUAGGCCUCUGACAACCCUACUCGUUGCGGAUCCGCAAGGCCUCAAUUUCCACCAACGGAAGCAGCUGCCGCUGGAUGUCCAUUUCACUCCAAAUUACGGCUGCGGCCAGCAGUGCCUUAAUCAGUCUGCUUCACCAAGUUCAGGAUCAUCCAGUUUCGCUUCUCGAAGUGUGGCCACACGCCUCAGCAUCAACAUCGCCGCCAUGCACCUCUUGAAAAUUGACAGUCGCGGCAGGAUAAGCCAACCCAUCGAAUUCGUCACCGAUAUUCCAUCCUACGCGGUCCUGUCUCAUACAUGGGGCGCUGAGGCCGACGAGGUUACUUUCGCCGACCAACAAAAUGGGACUGGCAUGAACAAGGCUGGUCAUGCGAAGAUUCAAUUUUGCGGAGCCCGAGCUCGGGAAGAUGGAAUACAGUACUUCUGGGUAGAUACCUGCUGCAUCUAG